AUGAGUUCAAAAUAACCUCAAAAGCAGUACAGGAACAGAAAAAAACAUUUUAUUGACAAAUGUUUAGAAUUGAUAACUUUUACUCAAUUGCAAAGAAUAUUUUAGUCAUUGAAAUUUCUAAAUUAUCUCAGCAAUAAUCAGUGGACAAUUAUUUAAGUGCACCUUUUUACUAGAUGAAAUAAUACAUACGGUAACUAAAAAUGUCUGUAGAUGUGGAAUUGAGAAAAUUGAAUCCUGGUCCUAUUUUCAAGAUAGUUGAAAUAUUGGAGUGUGGCGAAUCUUGGAAACAGUUGAUGUCAAUAAUUCCUGUUGAAAUGGAUGACAGUAAAGCUAUGAAGUAUACAAUGCAUCAUAUGAAGAUGAUCGAGUGCGCGAGCAGAAAGCAGCAAAGACCAUGUAGCCAAAUUUUUCUGGAAGAAUGGGGGACUAGUGGCAAAAAUAGACCACGAUUGUCAUCUUUGUUAAGGUUCCUUGUAAAAGCGGAGUUAUUCAGAGCAGCUGAGUUUGUGGCUGUUGAUCUUCUAAAAGAAGAUCCGCCUCAAAGGCCGAGCUCAGGCCCAGCUGCCAGAGUGCAAAUACCGGAUCCCGACCAAAUUCCACUGGUCCCAGUGCCAGGAUGGGAACCUCUGCCUUCUGCACCUAAUCCUAGGAUUAAUCCUGGUGAAGCACCUAAUCCUAGGAUAAUCCUGGUGAAGCACCUAAUCCUGGGAUCAAUCCUGCAGAGACACCUUAUCCUAGGAUCAAUCCUGCAGAAGCAUGUGAUCGAUGAAGAUGACCGAGAACGAAAUGUUUUCUUCAUGCAAGAUGGCGCACCACCACACUAUCUGACUGACAAAUCAGUAGAUUGGCCAAUCGAUGUCUGUACAGAACUCCGGAUAAAUUAUGCAGAUUUAAGAGCUGCUACUAAUAACUUUGACGAGGGCUUCGUGAUUGGGAGAGGAGCCUGGGGAUCGGUCUAUCGAGGAGAAUUGAACAGUCCUAAUCACCAGGAGGCCGUGGAAGUUGCCAUCAAACGCCUCCAUUCCGAAGGAACUCCUGGAGAUCCGUUCUUGCAAUUCCAAACUGAGAUCGAGCAACUCUCGCAACUGUCGCAUCAGAAUCUUCUGCCGUUGGUUGGCUACUCUAUUCAUGGACCAGAGUUGUGUCUGGUUUACAGUUACAUGGAAAAUGGGUCGCUCAUGGACAGAUUGGCCAGUCAGGAAGCUCUCCAUUGGAAAACAAGAGUGAAUAUAGCGCUGGGAUCUGCAGAGGGUAUCUUGUUUCUGCAUACCGUGCUACCGAAGCCGCUUGUACACCGGGAUGUGAAAACCGCCAACAUUCUACUUGAUGGGGAAAUGAUACCAAAGCUUGGCGAUUUCGGUUUGGUACGCCUUGGAUCAUCUGGAGAAAAGGACACAAGUGUGAAAACAAAAUUAGCAGUUGGAACGUCGGCUUACAUGGCUCCGGAAGCAUUCCAGGGAGACAUCUCCGUCAAGAUGGACGUCUUCAGUUUUGGUGUUGUAAUGCUUGAACUAUUGACUGGUCUCCCUCCUUUUGAUGAAGACCGGGAAGAGCGUGAUAUUGCUAGCCAUUUUCUAGAUCAGGAAGAACGACCUAUUCUUGAACACUUGGACCAAACCGCUGGCACUUGGGAACCCAGUAUUGCAGAAGAACUAUCCAAACUUGCUCUAGGAUGUCUAGAGUCCAAAAAGAAAAGACCAAAUAUGAUGAAUGUUUCGCAAAUUCUGCGAGACAUUUCUGAAAGAAUACCUUUGUAGCAUGAAUUUAUGAACUAUAGAGAGGUCCACGUUAUAAUGGCAAUAUUUGAUAAGCAUUGGUGUUGCUAUCCUUGUAUUAUCAUCAGAUAGCGUUAUCCUUUACUAGCUCUGCAACGUUGCCAGGUCUUUUUUUUUAAUAAUGUAAUUAGUCAACAAAAUAUUCAACCUCAAUUAUUAAAGUGUGUACAUAAUUGGAAAAUAUUUUUUCUCAUUGAAAAAUAUAAUUGAUUAUUUUAAACAAGAAUGAACAGUUGAUAUCAAUCACAUAAACCAGUAUCAGUUAUCAUCCAUAGAAGGCAGUGACAAGGCAGAGAAUCGGCAACGCUGUUCUUAUAUUUUUCUCCACUGCCAUUGUAACUUGGACCCCACUUUGAAUAAUGUAAUCCUUCCAACUGAGAUAUACAGGGUGUUUCAAAAAGAAUGACCCAAUUUUAAACAGUUAUAUUUAUUUUAAAAAAUGGUGCACACAAACCAAUUUUACAUCAAAUUACUCACA